AUGCCCAACCAAGCAGCCUGCAUCAGUUCUACCGAGCAGACCGCAUUAGCCCUACAGAGCAGACCACACCAGCUCUACCGAGCAGACCGCAUCAGCCCUACCGAGCAGGCUGUACCAGCUCUACCGAGCAGCCUGCAUCAGUCCUACCGAGCAGACCACACCAGCUCUACCGAACAGACCGCAUCAGCCCUACCGAGCAGACCACACCAGCUCUACCGAGGAGACCGCAUCAGCCCUACCGAGCAGACCACACCAGCUCUACCGAGAAAACCAAACCAGCCCUACCGGGUAGACCGCAAUAGCCCUACCAAGCAGACCACACCAGCUCUACCGAGCGGACCGCAUUUGCCAUACCGAGCAGACCACACCAGCUCUACCGAGCAGACCGCAUUAGCCCUACCGAGCAGACCACACCAGCUCUACCGAGCAGACCGCAUCAGCCCUACCGAGCAGACCACACCAGCCCUGCCGAGUAGACCGCUACAUCCAUACCGAGCAGACAACAUUAGCCCUAUCAACCUGCAUCAGCCCUACCAAGCAGCUUGCAUCAUCCCUAAGAGGCAGACAGCACUAGCCCUACCGAGCAGCCUGCAUCAGCCCUACCGAGCAGCCUGCAUCAGCCCUACAGAGCAGACCGCACUAGCCCUACCAAGCAGCCUGCAUCAGCUAUAUCGAGCAGACCGAACCAGCCCUACUAAGCAGACCGCACCAGCCCUACUAAGCAGACCGCAACAGCCCUCCGAGCAGACCGCACUAGCCCUUUCAAGCAGCCUGCAUCAGCCCUACCGAGCAGACCGCAUUAGCCCUACCGAGCAGACCGCACUAGCCAUACAAAGCAUACCGCACAUGCCCUACCAAGCAGCCUGCAUCAGUCCUACCGAGCAGACCGCAUUAGCCCUUCCGAGCAGACCACACCAGCUCUACCGAGCAGACCGCAUCAGCCCUACCGAGCAGACCACACCAGCCUAA